GAGGAAACUGCGCAGAAACCCAGCCGAAACUCAGCCGAAAUCUCUGCAGUUCAUAGUGACGUGAAUCAAGAACGCGGUGCUGCUGGCCGCUGGGCGUGGCGCCGAUGGGUCGACAGUCCAGGAGCCACCGCCGUUCUGGGGCUGAACCUCGGGCCUUCGUGGAGGCGCGUUGCAAGGCGGCAGCGGUGCUGCUGGGCCCCGACGGCUGCUGCAAGUGUGGCACCAAGGCCGCCAGGUACAGGCAUGGCAUGUAUGGCACGUGCUACGAGUGGGAGUGCCGGCGCAAGUAGUGCGCAACUGUCUGCGUCUGAACUGCUGUCGUUAUGAGUGCCCAAGGCAAGAGGCACGUUUGCUGCCUCGGAUGCAACAUUGCCUCGACGGCAUGGCUGUUUUGAGGGUGCGCAGAUGCGAUCUGGCUGCCGUGCAAGCGAGCGGAGUAGUACUGGUGAAGCCACUGGGGCCUAGUUGCCCUCGCGCCCAUGCACCCAUUGCAUGGUGCUCUAUGCCACGCCUUGCCGGUGCUGGAUUGGCAACUUGCCGGUGCUCACUUGUGUGUUGGCGCAGCCCGUGUUAGUUCUCCUUCGGCGCGCAGGCCGCUUGCAUGCUGGACUCAGACUGAGCCGCGCUCAGCCAUACAACCUGAAUGAGUAGCCUAGCCACUGACCCAGCUUGCCACAGGCUGCCCCAGAGCUCGUAAUGCCCCGACAGUUUUAGCUAUCCCAAGCGCGUCCAAAAUGUUGCACUGCAGAACGGAUGCACCACCAACCAUUUCAUGCUCGAGUGCCGAGCAUGCGAUGGUACAUGGAAAGGGCGUGGUGGUGAAAUCCUGAAGGGCAAAGAGAGUCCCGACCCACAUGAAGAGCACAGAGAUUAGCAGGAGGCGCAACUAAAAGUGUUGCGUGCGCCGCCAUUGCCCGCCAUUUCUGCGCGCCCACACCCAUUUCGUUCUACCUCGGGAGCGUUCGGAUCACACACAUUGCAUAGCAUAGUCUCUAAAAUGGUCCAACAGCACACGCUUAGGCACGGCGCCUUGUUUGUAGGCGGUUGCGGCCCUCAGGGCGUUUUCUGGGACCCGCAAAACAGUGGAGAGCUGCGAGCGGGAGCUGCGACAGAGCAGGAGGACAAUAAGUAGACUGGGUGGAGCUGGAUUUGGCAUUAUUUGGGGGCUUCUUAUCCUGUAAAGCCCCUCUACAUACCGUUUCACCAAAACUACCCAAGCGGCACCAGCUUUGGCUCCGGCAUGGCCAACGAGCUGGGCCCCGCCGGCUGCACGGACCGCGCCACCGAGGCUUGGAAGAAGCGUAAGACCGUGGUCGCUGCCGCCGCUCCACGCCAGGGUGGUGGCUGCAGCCAGUGCGGCCAGCCGAUCAGGUGCCGGGGCUUGUGCAGCAGGCACUAUCAGCAGAAGUACAAGAAGUACGUACAAGAAGCAAGUAAGGUUCUGCGGCCGGGUUUGUGUUGGUGGAGAGUGGAGAGCCGAGAGCGGGAGCUGCGACAGAGCAGGAGGACAAGUAGACUGGGUGGAGAUGGACUGGGUCAUUUGUUAUUUAUUGGGGUGACUUGGGGAUGCAGCUUUGAGGCAGAAUUGAGGCAGGUUUGGGGGCAGGUUUGGGGGCAGGUUUGGGGCAGGUUUCGGCAGGUUUGGGGCAGGUUGACCCAGCAGGUUUCAGGCAGGUUUGAGGCAGGUUUGAGGCAGGUUUGGGGCGAGAACGCGCUCCGCCUGCGCGACCUCGAAACUUUGUCGCUGAUCCAGCAGGAACGGUGUUGAUGCGGCAAACAUUUAACGCGGCCUUUGCACACGCUAUCCUGGAGAAACUAACUGUGGCUGGCACGAGUGCCGAGCAUGUUUUAUGACUCCUGACCACCAGUGGGCAGUACUCAGCGCUGGGCAGUACUCAGCGCCUGGCAGUACUCAGCGCCUCCCAUCUUCGGAUGAGUCCUACUUAGAUAACUUUCCGUUCCGCCAGGCGCAUUGGCGACAGUGGACUUACCGAGACGCAGGAAUAUGCAGACCCAAACCCCAUUGACCGCCAGCUCUACCCGCACUUCAAGACGCGAUGCAUGACCCCUAGUGUGUGCUAUCGCCUGGCUGGCAUGAAUAUCAGGUGCUGGGUAGUAGCAGCGGGGGUGUACGGCAACGACCCAGCCAGUGUGUGCUGUAGCUUCGCGGGCUUGUGCUUUUGCAGCGGAGCGGCUGGAUAUAGUAGCGGGG